AUGAAAGUCGAUAUUCCAAAAGAAGAAACUAUAAAACAAAGUCAAGUCCAAAACGUUAUUUCCACUAUAAAACCCAUUAUAAUUUUUGAGAAUAUCUUUGGUAUAAUUCGAUUCAGUGUGGUUAACAACGAGCUUGAACCUGUUAGCGUGCGUAAGAAAAUAGGAGGGAUUUUAAUUGCUUCUUUAUAUGUGACUUUAAUUUCCUUAAAGUUUAAAGACGAAUUCAAAAUACACCAUGGUUCGUAUCUUGUGAUAAUAACCGACAUUAUACCUUCUAUUAUGGUAAUAAUUCAAUAUGGUGCAUGCAUAAUGGCAUCUUCUUUGUUCGUCUACGAGCCCACGAGAUGUAUUUUGUACAACGUCGCAGAAUUGGAUAGUAAGCUUCACAUCACUAUAAACGAAAAAUUUUACGAGAAAUCAAGGAUCCGUUUAAUAAAAGCAUUGAUAAUAUUUAUCAUGGUGCACAUAGUAUGCGUAUCAAUCGAUUUAUUUUGUAUGUGGACCGAGGCAAUGGAAGACUUCAUUUGCCUAGCAGGAAUUAUUAUGCUGUAUCUAAUGUAUCUAGAACAAAAUCUUCAAAUGCUCGUGUUCUGUACUCUGCUUUAUUUGUGUACAAUAAGACUGAGAGUCGUUAACGAGUACCUAUCAGUGUUUAUACACGAGAAGGAUGAGAUAAAAACUCAAAUUUUCAAUAUAAAUGAAAAAGAAAGAAAGUCCGAUAAACAAUUCAAUUUUAUUGGUCGUAUUUCGGCGAGCAAUACAAAGUUAAGAGACUUAGCUGAUAUGUACAACACACUAGGAGUUACAUGUUACCUAAGCAAUGACGUUUUUCAGUUUCAGAUUUUUAUGACUUUAUUAUGUACUUUUAUCAAUGUGCUAAUUCUAAUUUGGGAUACCAUUAAACUUUAUCGAAAUCCGGAGAAUUAUUUUGAGAUUUUAAUAUUUGAUGACGUAAUUUGGUGUUUGCUUACAAUAUUGAGUGUAGCAGUUCUAUGUUUUUUAUGCCAGAACCUUCUAACUGUUCGCCACAAUACGAAAUUAUUGGUUAACGAGAUAAUCCUGAACUACGACCUCCCGCGAAGUAUGAGGAUUCAAGCAAAAGUUUUCAUGGAAUUAAUAGAGGCAUGGCCUUUGAAGAUAUUCGUUUACGACAUGUUGUCUAUCGAUAUAAAACUGAUGUUAAAGUUUAUUAAUGUGGCAACUACGUAUUUGAUUUUGAUUAUACAAAUAUCGCACAUUUAA